CCGGGUGUUCACACGUGAGUAGAAGCCAUCAUGGCUUCUGUGUGCUGUGCUGGAGAAUGGCUGGUGAUGAGCAGCUCGCAUCAUUUAAUAGCUGUGAAUAUCAAAGAGAGCAGAGAGCCGUUCGUGUUUGACUGCACCAAAGCAGAGCAGAAACCAGUGGAAGCUGAAACUGAUAAAAGUGAUGGAGGAGGAACUCAGGAGAAAGGGACUGACCAGAUUCUCACACUCGGUUUGUCACCAUCAGGACGUUAUGCUGCUCUGACCGAUGACAAAAAAAGACUGAUUCUAUUUCGCACCCAACCAUCAUGGCAGUGCAUCAGCACAAGGUGGGUAGUGCGCAGGUGCACUUCUCUGGUGUUCAGUCAGGCUGAGGAUGAGCUGUUUGUGGCAGAUAAAUCUGGAGAUGUUUAUUCAUUCUCUCUUUUGGAGCCACAAAAACCUGGUGAGCUGAAGCUGGGACAUCUCUCAAUGCUUCUAGGCCUUACUCUGUCUCCAGAUGAUAAGUACAUCAUCACAGCAGACAGAGAUGAGAAGAUCAGAGUGAGCCUUUGUAAAUCUCCGUACAACAUUCAGGCCUUCUGCUUGGGACAUACAGAGUUUGUUAGUGCCCUGUGUGUUCCAGCUGGACAUCCUGAAUGGCUCCUUUCAGGCUCAGGGGACAGUACAGUGAAACUUUGGCAUUAUGAGUCUGGACGGAACUUGCAGAGUAUCGACCUGAGACAGCAUGGCUUUUUAAAUAGCUCUGAUACGGACACGGAAAAGCCGGAGAGGUUUGCAGUGAGUCGGAUCAUCAGCUCGCCGAGCGGACGUCAUGUUGCCGUGCAGUGUGAGAGGUUUCCCUCCAUUCAGCUGUUUGCAGUAGACGAAGGAGCAGAUGGACGUUUGACUCCGACUGAAACACUCGCUCUGCCUCAGCAUCCCUGGGAUAUGACCUUUGACCCUCAGGGACGACUUUGGGUCUUGCUGGAGAACAAGGACACAAAUGUACUAUUGUACACACACAAGGAGAAGCAUUGGCAGAGUGAGUCAGAAUGCCCUGAUUUGCAGAGAGUGUCAGAAACGCUACACACCCAGUGGGAGCUUUUUAAAGCCUCUGUCGGUGCGGAGAGUCAGUUCCUUCACCUCUACAAGGUGAACUUCGACAACAUGGCAUCGUACUUACAGAAGAAAAAGGAGCGACUGCAGCACCAGAAUCAGCAGGGAGGAAAGAAGAGAGCAGCGCGGCAGUCGAACGGGGCAACGAAGAAAAGCAAGACGGAGGAAGAAAGCGGAGCUGUCUCUCAGAAAUGCAGCUCAGAGAGUUAGAACCUGGGAGAGAUGCAGCCGAUUUAGUUUUUUAUUUGAAAAUUGGUGUUUCCGUGGACAUUCCUCUCCAUUCACAUUUCAUCCUGUGUUUCACGUUAUAUACAUAUUAUUAUAUUUUUGGAAAUGCACAAAGAUUGAAAAUUAAUUUUAAAAUA